GCAUCCGUCCCGACACCGCCACAUCUCGAGUCCACUUGCUUCCAGUACCACACUACCAGGGCCAUAUCCCUGAAACCCGUCUCGUGCUGGUGGCUGGGGUGUCAGUGGAGCGGAUUGCGUCAAGUCACUUCAUCUCGCCCGCGACAAAGCAGACUCCAAACACUUCGCCGUCACUCCGUUUUCACUUUCGCACUCUCAUCUAUCUUUCCUAAUCAUGUCGGAGAAAACCGAGGAAAAACAGCAGUCUGCUGCCGGUGCCGCCGCGGGCUCGGCUGGGCUGAAUGCCAACGCAAGCGGAGCGGGGAGUGUAUCAGCCAAACAAACCCAGCAGAAGCGGACGCCCAAGAAACUGGGCUCGAAAAAGGCUCAGCAGGCUAUAGAAGAGCCGCAACAGCAGCCGACGCCCGACAACACCGGCGACGAGGGCGCUGAAGGCGAGGCGAAUGCGAAUGCCGAAGCAGACGGCGCUGAGGCAGGUGCCGACGCGCAGGUGAAUGGCGAAGAUGGGGCCGAGGCCGAAGCUGGCGCCGACGCCGAUGCGGAAGCUGAGCCUGAACCCGAGCCGCAAAUGCAACGCGAAGCAUCCCGUCGCCGCCAGAGCCGAGGGCGCGGGAAACGCGGCGGUGGCCAAGAAAGCGACACCGAGUCCAUCGCGCGAAGCGAAGUCAGCGCAUCUGGAGGUGGCCGUCGGCAGCGCCAACGUCAGAAGAAGCAGCAGGGUCAAGCCAAGUCAUCCGGAGGCGGUGGCCCAUUAGGCGACAUUUCCGAAGGUCUCCCCGGCGGCGAGCUCGUGGGCGGCGCCACGGAUGCAGUGCAAGACACCGCGGGCCAGGCUGUGAAUCAAGUCGGAGACACGGUGGGCAACGCGCUCGGAGGGCUUACGGGAGGAGGCAAGAAGGGCGAGGGUGAAGAGAAGGGCGACGGCGGCGAGCAGUUGCGACUACGGUUGGAGUUGAAUCUCGACAUUGAGAUCCAGCUCAAGGCGAAGAUUCAUGGCGAUCUCACCUUGGGCCUGCUCAACUGAGUGCUGGAUACAUUUACGCGAGUUCUGUUUUAUUUCUAUCAUUCUGCGGUGCAGGGAGUUCUCGAAAUGUAUGGUAGUGCACCGUCAAAAAUCGAUUGAUCGAUCAAUGCACACGACUUCUCUCGCAUUUCGCCAUCUGUCGAACAAACCAAGGCUGAGAGCAUCACGAAAUGUUGCGAUGACCUCCACAAAUAUGACGAAAAUAGGCCGUGUCUUGCUUCGGUCUUGCUUUGAAGCAACCACGUUCGGCCUUGGAAGGCUGGCGUCGACUUCCCGAUUCAGCUCACAUCGGGUCCGUCCAAG